UCAAAAUCAUAGACUGUAAAAAAACAUGGAUGUUGUGUCCGUGACGUCACCCGUAGACUCCUGAUGAGCGUUUUUGAAGCUCAAAGUGGGCGGAGCGGCCCGUCGUCAUCUUGGCAGCAUGUAACUGCGCGUCACUCCCGAAUAAUUGAAAAUGGGCAAAAAAUUCACCCCCUUACAGUUGCACGAAGGGCGAAAUUAACUAUAUAGACUAGUAGUUUUUGAACCAGGCUGUAAAGGUUUUUUUCUGUAAAGUUGGGAAUUUUAACAUGGGGAGUCUAUGGGAUUGACUCCCUUUUGGAGCCAGCCUCUAGCGGCCAGUCGAUGAAUUACAGUUUUAGUCACUUCCAUGCAGGCUUCACGAGAGAGAGCAGGAGGUUGCCACUCGGUCGAAAUCCCCAUCUUUUGUUCAGGAGAAGCACUGUCGUCAUGGCCUCGAUCUCGAAGUGGUACGCGGGGAAGAACGUGCUGAUCACCGGAGCCACGGGCUUCAUGGGGAAGGUGCUGAUGGAGAAGCUGCUGCGCUCCUGUCCGGACGUCAAGGCCCUCUACAUCCUCGUCCGGCCCAAAGCGGGUCAGUCCAUGUCCGAGCGCGUCCGGGACAUGAUGAAGUGUAAGCUGUUCGACCGCGUGCGUGAAGAUAAUCCAGACUUUCAUCAGAAGAUCAUCCCCAUCAGCAGCGAGCUCACGCAGCCCGGCCUGGCCAUCAGUCCAGAGGAUGUACAAACACUCACUUCCUGUAUCAACAUCGUCUUCCACUGCGCCGCCACCAUCCGCUUCGACGAGCCCCUGAAGCAUGCGCUGCAGCUGAACGUCAUGGCCACGCAGCAGCUCCUCUCUCUGGCGCAGCAGAUGCAGCAGCUGCAGGCCUUCAUCCACAUCUCCACCGCCUACGCCAACUGCAACCGCAGACACAUCGACGAGGUCAUCUACCCUCUUCCAGUCGAGCCCAAGAAACUCAUCGACUCUCUGGAGUGGAUGGAUGACAGUAUGGUCCGUGACAUCACGCCGCAUCUGAUCGGUGACCGGCCGAACACUUACACCUACACCAAAGCGCUGGCCGAGUGUGUGGUGCAGCAGGAGAGCGGCAGACUCAACAUCGCCAUCAUACGGCCGUCCAUCGUGGGAGCCAGCUGGCAGGAGCCGUUCCCCGGUUGGAUAGACAACUUUAAUGGACCGAGUGGUGUUUUUAUUGCUGCUGGGAAGGGCAUCUUGCGCACCAUGAGAGCCAGUAAUGACGCGGUGGCCGAUCUGAUUCCUGUAGACGUGGUGAUAAACCUGACGCUGGCGGCCGGCUGGUACACCGCGGUGCACAGACCGAAAAGUGCACUCGUCUACAACUGCACAACCGGAGGCAUUAACCCUUUCCACUGGGGAGAGAUCGAGCAUCACGUGAUGUCCACGUUUAAGAGGAAUCCUCUGGAGCAGGCUUUCCGUCGGCCAAACGCCAACAUCACGUCCAGUUACCUGAUCUACCAGUACUGGAUCCUCGUCAGUCACAAGUUCCCCGCGCUCCUCUAUGACCUGUUCCUCCGACUGUCGGGACAGAAACCUCAAAUGAUGCGUAUCUUCAACCGUCUGCACAAAGCCAUCGGUCUGCUGGAGUACUUCAGCAGUCAGGACUGGGAGUGGAACUCAGACAACAUCAACAUGCUGAUGAACCAGCUGAGCGCCGAGGACAGGAGGACCUUCAACUUUGACGUCCGCCAGCUGAACUGGCCCGAGUACAUCGAGAACUACUGUAUCGGCACCAAGAAGUACGUUCUGAACGAGGACAUGUCUGACAUCCCGGCCGCCAGACAACACCUGAGGAAGCUGAGAAACAUCCGAUACACGUUCAACACGCUGCUGCUGGUCUUCAUCUGGCGCGUCUUCAUCGCUCGCUCUCAGAUGGCCAGGAACAUCUGGUACUUCGUCGUGAGCUUGUGCUACAAGUUCCUGUCCUACUUCAGGGCUUCCAGCACUCUGACCCAAUGACCGGAGCAACAGGAAGUGUGUGUCCCCGUCGUCCGAGCACUUCCUCCUCCAGAGGUGUCUUCAGCCAUCCUAGCUUUCCUCACCGGCCACUCGCUCCACCUGACUCCUCCAUCUGCUGAUUUUAAAGGUGUCCUCUUUUAUAACGACUGUCCUUAAUAACGAUUAUAUAUGCAACCACACUUUUUUUACUUUUAGUGUUUCUCCUUUACAUUCUCACCACCAUCAAACAUCUGGAGAUGUUGCCUUUGUGUCUUCUGAUGAUUUGAGCCUUCUCUUCUACAGAAAGUGUUUAGGAGCAUCAGAUCUACCGCUCGAAGCUUUGCUGUUUGUGUCUUUUAACGGUUCGUUUGUGUCCUGUCUGUUUUAACACCACGUAAUCCAGCCGGCAAAAUCUCAGACCGUGUGGUACUAAAAGCCUUCAAGAACAUAGUCUUACAUUUUCACUGCAUUUUUGGUUGGUGUUUUGUCUUUUUUCUUAUUUUUUUUUCAUUUGCUGCAUUCGGAGGGAAAGGCCAGUGAACUGCAACAGAUCUGAUGCAUUUCUAACAUCAGACAUUGUUUUUCCAUAAGAAUACAUCCACCAGUUUAAACAUGAACACCCAAAAUCUAGAGAAAAAAAAGAUUAUUUCUAAAAAAACUGCAGCCUAUUUCUAAGGAAUUUAAAAAUAAUUCCUAGUUGAACUUUUUCAUGACAAUUAAGCACGUUCCCCAAAAUUUAAUGCAUUUUUAAUGGAUCUCGAAUUAUGCUUAAUGGCAAUUCUCAUGACUGUAAUACAGUAUUUUUAGUAUUGCUGUAGAAAUAACUACUGUUAUAUUACAUUUUAAAUAUUAAAUAAAUUUGAUAAAAUAAUUGUUAUAUGUAAUAUAUAUAAUUAUAUAUAUAUAUUAUAUAAUAUAUAUAUUAUAUAUUUUUUAUUAUUAUUGAUUAAUAAUAACAUUUAGAAAACACAAAGGGACCUUUUUUUUUUGUUAAAUAUGACAUAGUCGACACCAUGUAUGUGUUUGUACAGCAGUUUAGCAUCAGACUCUUUUUGCGAUUGUUAGAUGAGGAUAUUUCUGUCUAUAGACGGGCAUAAGAGAGUUUCUUCAGUCUGUAAAUAUUCUAGAUAUAUAAAUAUAUUCCUUUUCAGAUGAUAUGCAUACCAAAAAUGUACAAAUGUAUAUUUGCGAAGGUGAAUCAGAUGGCUGGUUAAGAACAUCUAUGUCCAGAAAUGACUGAGUGCUUCCCGUAUUUUUUAAAGAAAAGAAAAAAGUGAAGAAAAAAAAGCAUAGAGUCUCCAUUUCAAUGUUGUUUUAUGUGUAAAAACCACUGUUUAAAGUGCUCUGAAUCCAGAAACGUAAAGACACUUUAGUCAUUUCUAUGCAGCACAACCUGUGCUUCUUCCUUCUAAAUGUUACUUUUCUAGUUUAUCGUUUCUGAAGCGGUUUUAUUUCUGUUUGCUUGUCAUAAGAACCAAAACGAGUGUAUUUAUAACGUUUUAUGAAUCUCCUAUUCGAAUAUAAACUUGGCGGCUAAUAUUUCGUACAGCAUUGUGAUCAAUCGACACUUUUUUUUGAGGAUCUCACGAGUGAACAUUUUUCUACACUGCCCCUGGUGGUCUAUUGCCAAACUGUAAUUUUGGAUCACCGUUUAUAAAUGUUUCGGCCUUCCGUCGUCCGUCUUUUGUAUGUCGCACACAGUAUUCAUGUUCCUCGGUAAGCGCACGUCUUCCUCGGCUCGUUUAGCAGUAGUGCGGCGAUUACUUUAGAUGAUUUGAGAUGGGUUUUUUUCUCCUGCACGUUAUGAGUCUCAGUAGAGAAAGCACACGAACACAAAUUUCCUCUUAGAGCAUUCCAGACAUGAAAAACACAGCAAUUUUUCUACUAGAAUCGAACACCUUGGUGUCUUAACAACAGCAACCCUUCGUUUUGAGCCAAGCUGAGCUUUCAAAUAAAGCUUCUACUGCCAAUGUGAUCUUUACAGUCUCCAGUGUUUGUGCUCUGCACUGAUGUUUGUACAGAUGAGGUGACUGAGCUGUAUUGGGUUUGGAGUAAAAUUAUUUUUUAACAAAAAAGUCCCCUACUGAAAUCUUUUCCAUAUGUAACACGUGCAUGUUUGCUUUUUACAUAAGAGAUUUUUGGAUUUUGACCUUCCUCUCAACAUUUGUCUCCAUGUUGAGCUGUCAGACGUUGUUCGGUCGAGGUCUUUGAAAGGAAAACUGUACUUUGAUAAAAUUGUGUGCUUGACUGUUUGUUUCAAAAGAGUUCAUGAGAAAAUAAACUGAAAAUGACUAA